GAGCCUCCAUGAUUGCAAGAACUGAUGAUAGUGGCGGGGCCAGGGAUAGCCAUUCCAGUCCGGGGGAGGGGCCGGUACACCUGGGCAAAACUGAAGGGGAGGAGCCGGUACACCUGUGCAAGACUGCAGGGGAGGAGCCACAACGCCUGUGCUAGACUGACGGGGAGGAGCCGGUACACCCGUGCUAGACUGAAGGGGAGGAGCCAGUACACUUGUGCAAGAAGGGGAGGAGCCGGUACACCUGUGCAAGACUGAAGGGGAGGAGCCACAACGCCUGCGCUAGACUGACGGGGAGGAGCCGAUACACCUGUGCAAGACUGGAGGGGAGGAGCCGGUACACCUGUGCUAGACUGAAGGGGAGGAGCCAGUACACUUGUGCAAGACUGAAGGGGAGGAGCCGCUACACCUGUGCAAGACUGAAGGGGAGGAGCCAGUACACCCUGUGCAAGACUGAAUGGGAGGAGCCGGUACACUUGUGCAAGACUGAAGGGGAGGAGCUGGUACACCUGUGCAAGACUGAAGGGGAGGAGCCUGUACACCUGUGCAAGACU